GUGAGCUAGGAACAGCUGCUAGUCACUACAGUCGAUAAACUACAAGGAAGUGUGGCAUUGGUUUGAGUAGGCUUCAGUUUGCCGAAGCAAGAUUGUAGCAGCAACAGACGAACUUUGAUGUUCAUCAGUGCUUCUGAGGUCCGAUGACUGAUUACCCUUUGCUUUUGUGAGGUGAGAGACGGAGGUAGGGUUGGAACAGCUCACAGGCUUCAAAAUGAACAUCACGGAGUUUGAAAACCUAACAGUAACACUCAAUGAAUCAAUAACAAAUACGUCCACAGACAACACGCCACAUUCGGGUGGUGCAGGACUACCGGAAGUCGUGUGUUUCAGUGUGCUCUUCUUUAUCAUCGGAACUGUUGGCAUCACUGGAAACUUCUUGGUCAUUUACGCUGUGGUCUGCGACAGGAAGAUGAGGGCAUCCGUCACUAAUCUUCUUAUAACCAACUUAGCAGUCGCAGACCUCUUGAUUAUGGUUUUCGGCGUACCAGAGAUAAUCCAGUUUAUGAUUAAUAGAGGUUGGAUACUGGACCUUUUAGCUUGUAAAGUUAAUCGUUUUGUGCUUGUCAUGGCCCUCUACGCAUCAGUCCUCACCCUUGUGUCAAUUUGUGUUGAAAGGUUCAUUGGAAUAAUACAUCCAAUCAAGGCACACAUCUUGUGUAAUCGACGCCGGAUAGCAUGCGUUGUCGGAUUCAUCUGGCCGUUCUCCAUCCUCUGCGGUUCCCCAACUCUUCUGUUUAACACUGUCAAGCGAGGCCACCCUCAAAGUACCACCGAAUAUUGUAUGCUGGACUUCCCAGUCAGUCAUAACUUCUACAUCAUGGUCUUCAAAUACAGUGAGUUUGGUCUCUUUUACGUCAUGCCGUUGGUCAUCCAAUGUAUUUUAUACGCUAUUGUGUCUAAACAGCUGUUCCUCGGAUCUGAAAAGCUACACCGUCGAUUGACAGUUCUCGACGAAAACGGUACGGCAAAGGAACGCACUUCGGAGGCACUGCAGGCUCGCAAGGGUGUUGUUAAGAUGCUGAUCAUGAGUGUUAUCGUGUACUUCAUCAGCUACUCGCCCAACCAGGUUCUUCUGUUUUAUCAUACCUUCAAUGCCAGGCAUUUCGAGGACAACUGGACAUUCCAAGUGUUCGUUGUGAUAAUCGCUUACGUCAACUCAGCUGCAAAUCCUAUACUUUACAGCAUCUUCAGCCAGAACUUUAGAAACCGUUUCAAUAUGGCCGUUUGCUACAUCAGAAGGAAAGUGAAGAAAUCUUCUCCAAGAAGACAAUCUACAUUCAGUACCAGUUCCAGAUUUGGAAGGCUCACCAGUCUUGUUCCCUCCGCUAAUACUGACCUUUGAAACAACACACCAUUGCAUGUUUCUAACUUACUACAAAAUUCAUUCCGUUUAGAGUGAAAUCCCAGUUAAACAUUUGGCUCCAUUUCACACAAAAUACACAGUUGUGUGUUUUGGACUUACCAUUUUGUCAUUAUCAUUGGUAAUAUAUGUUCUGAGUAUAUUUUAAUAAUCACCUAUUUCAAAUCGGUGUAUACAUUUGUACAUAGAUCUAUUUUCCCGGGUUUGAUAUGCCAUGACACUGCUCAGAGGGAAACGUGAUUUCCAUUAAAACAUUUGAUAACAUGCAUUAUAUUUGCAAAUAGAAAGUGGAUAUUUUCGUAGUGAAGAAGUGAUUAUCUUGUUUACAAUGUAACAGUAUUUACGUUGUUUGUGUGUAAACUAUGUACUUAUGUUGAUGUUCCUGCAUUAUAUACUCUUAAAGUAGGGGAUACUUGAAUCUUAAAAUUUCCAACAUUGUAACAUAUAUUUGUUUCGUUAAUGAACGAAUCGGGGCACAUUACACCAGGUAGUGAAGUAUGACAGUAGAUGUCGAAGGACGAUAGGGGUGGGAUUGGAAAUUUCAAAGUUGACGUUAUUUUAUCAGUAGUGCGUCAGUGCGUAAUACCACCACGACUUGUCAUUCAUUCACUGGACGAUGCACACUGCGUUUGAGUCUCCCAAUGGCGAUUUGAGGGAUUCUGUCCAACUCCUCUUGCAGCGCCUGCUCAAGUGCAGCCAACGUGGUCGACGGCCUAUGACGUUGUCGCUCACGUUUCCCUAUCAUUUCCCAGACUUGUUCAAUGGGGGAAAGGUCUGGUCUCAUUACUGGCCGUGACAUUCUAUAGUCAGUAUGCUGUCCCGAAAGUACUGUCCAGUGACCCUUCCUUCCACAAUAUGGAGUGGGGUUCGGUCAGCCAUAGUGAUACCACCCUACGCCAUGACCGAUCCAUUAAAUCGGGCUGACUGACUGACAAUAUGACGAUUUGCAAUGGGUGGCACAACACGUGGUCGUCGAGAAUGGAGACGAUUUCUAAUCGUCUGACCAAUAACUCGUACUCCAGUAGCCUGAUGAAAGUUUGCAACAGUUUGAUUCACCGUUUGAGCUCGAUUUCGUAGAGCCUGGUUUCGGAUCAAUUGAUCCUGAUCUUUUGUUGCUCACGUGGGACGCCCUGGACAGGAUCGAUCGUCAGCAUUUUGGGUUUGUUGGCAAAUGUUCCAUAGUCUGCACGCUGACUUCUUCCAGUUUCCACCAUGCCAAUAGCCCAUAGAGGCUCCGCGCUUUGUGGGGCGGUCGGGUAGCCUAGUGGUAAAAGCCUUUGCUCGUCACGGCGAAGACCCGGGUUCGAUCCCGACAUGGGUACGUUUUGUGAAGCAGAUUUCUGGUGCCCCUUGCCGUGAUAUUGCUGGAAUAUUGCUAAAAGCGGCGUAAAACCAUACUCACACACUCCUCGCGUUGUAGACUCCGCAUUCCUAGGUCAAACAUGAUCCUAAAAAGUAACCGAUCUUCCUUGGAAGUGUCCUUCAGAAGUGACUCUACGCACGUGGGUGGCGCGACUGCGUCGGGCACGUGCAGACUAUAGGAUAUGUUUUGGUGUUACGUUUUAUGAUUGGAUGUUUGUCGUCAACACUUAACAUUAAUUGUAUUUCAUGAUCCCUACUUUAUUUUGAGAGUAUAUAUAUGCAACGGGUUGAUAUAUGACAAUAUUAUCAUUGUAUUGUGUUGAUAUAGUUCAAUAAAAUU